AUGGUAGAUAAUGGGAGAAUAAUGAAAGAGCUCAAAGAGCUCCAGGAGGCUACCAAGAACGUAAUUACAACUUCAUAUCAAUAGCAAUCUAAUCCAAUUACUUUGUAGUCGCCUACCCAGUAAGUUCAGGCUUCAAUUGUCGGGGAUAAUCUAAGACAUUGGACUGGCACAAUCUUCGGACCAAAAGAUACCUGCUUUGAGGGAGGAAUAUUUAAGAUAGACAUUGAGAUCCCAGGGGAAUAUCCUUUCAAGCCACCCAAAAUGAGAUUUAUUACUAAAAUCUGGCAUCCCAACAUCAGCUCAUAAACUGGAGCAAUUUGCCUUGAUAUCUUGAAAAACGAGUGGACUCCAGCCCUUACAAUUAGAACUGCCCUAAUCUCAUUAUAGGCCCUGUUAUGCGCACCUGAGCCUGAUGAUCCAUAAGAUGCAGAAGUUGCAAGAUAAUAUAAAUCAGAUAAGAAAUUGUAUGAAUACACUGCCAAGAUGUGGACUGAGAACUUUGCCAAGGAGCAGACAGUCGACGAUAAAGUUAAAAAACUGAUGGAGAUGGGUUUCCCUGAAGACAUUUGCAAAGAAGCGCUGGAAAGAUAUGAUAACGAUGAAAAUCUGGCAUUAAAUUUCCUACUCGGAGGUUGA